AUGGGAAGUAGGAAUAACACAAAUGUGCCUGACUUCAUCCUUAUGGGAUUGACAGACUCUGAUGAGAUUCAGCGGGUCCUCUUUAUGCUGUUUCUCCUGUUAUACCUGAUUACUCUGCUGGGAAAUGCAGGGAUGAUACUGAUAAUUCACUUGGAUCUCCAGCUUCACACCCCCAUGUAUUUUUUCCUCAGUCACCUGUCAUUCCUUGACCUCAGUCACUCAACAGUCAUCACACCUAAAAGCUUAGAAAACUUACUGACUUCCAACAAGCAUAUUUCAUUCAUUGGCUGCUUCACCCAGAUGUAUUUUUUCAUCCUCUGCUCUGUCACUGAAUUUUUCUUUCUCUCUUCAAUGGCCUAUGACCGCUAUGUAGCCAUCUGCAGCCCACUUCAAUACCCUGUUGUUAUGUCCAAGAGACUCUGCCGCACCCUCAUCACUGUGUCCUACUUGAUUGGAGGUACUGAAUCAUUAGCUGUUGUUCUUUACAUAAACAGUCUGCACUUUUGCAACUCCAAUGUAAUCUCUCAUUUUUUCUGUGACAUAACCCCAGUUUUAGCCCUUUCCUGCUCUGAAACUCGUAACACUGAAAUCAUGGUAAUCAUUUUAGCUAGUUUCAAUGCAAUGUCUUUUAUCAUAAUCUCUGUGUCCUAUGGGUCCAUUCUCUCUACUAUCGUGAAAAUUAAUUCCACUUCAGGAAAGCGCAAAGCCUUCUCUACUUGUGCCUCCCACCUCCUGGGAGUCACCAUCUAUUACAGCACUACAGUUUUUACUUAUUUAAAACCAAAGAAGUCAUAUUCCUUGGGAAGGGAUCAAGAAGCCUCUGUGUUUUAUACUAUGGUGAUCCCCAUGCUAAAUCCACUAAUUUAUAGUCUUAGAAACAAGGAAGUGAAAAAUGCUCUCAUUCGAGUCAUGCAGAAGAGAGAGGGUUCCAGGCUACUGAAAUAA